CAGCAAACUGGUGGCGUGAAAAUUUACUUUUAUUUCUUUUUCAGCACAGCUAACUGCAUUAACCUGACAUUGAUUGCUGACAAGAAGUGAUUUAGCUAGCUAUCCAAUCACAUCACAGUGUAUUUCACAAGCUAACCUGCUCACUACCCAAGUACCUACCUAGCUAAUGGUAGCCUAGUAGUCAGCACAAGAAUGUACACGUUGAUGCCUUGUUAACAUUACGUUACAUAGCUCGCUACACUGUCGCAAUUUCAGAAGCCAGACGUGAAUAAAGAAUGAUAAUCUAGCUAGCGAAUGCUUUGACUACUCACUGGAUGGUUUCUUGUAUGCUGAGAACAUAAACGUGUCACCAUGAGCUCCCGUCAGUGCAAGAAUUGCGGCUGCACGGACAUUGACAUUGACCAGGCCCGAGGCGAUGCCGUCUGUAUGGGCUGUGGCUCAGUGCUGGAGGACAAUAUCAUCGUUUCGGAGGUGACAUUUGUGGAGAACAGCGGUGGGGGUUCGUCGGCCGUCGGUCAGUUCGUCUCAUCAGAUGGCGCGGCCAAGGCCAUUUCCCUGGGAACGGGGUACCAUGCGGGCAUGGAGAAGCAGUCCCGGGCUCAGACGCUGCAGAACGGGAAACGGCAGAUCAACCACCUCGGCCACCAGCUGCAGCUGAACAAGCACUGCCUGGACACGGCCUUCAACUUCUACAAGAUGGCGCUGAACAGGCAGCUGACGCGCGGGAGGAGGACGCUGCAUGUGAUCGCCGCGUGCCUCUACCUGGUGUGCAGGACCGAGGGCACGCCCCACAUGCUGCUGGACCUGAGCGACCUGCUGCAGGUCAACGUGUACGUUCUGGGAAGAACAUUCCUCGUGUUGGCCAGGGAGCUGUGCAUCAACGCUCCAGCAAUAGACCCUUGCCUGUACAUCCCACGCUUUGCCCAGCUGCUGGAGUUUGGGGAGAAGAACCAUGAGGUUUCCAUGACGGCGCUGAGGCUGCUGCAGAGGAUGAAGAGGGACUGGAUGCACACCGGACGCCGGCCAUCAGGGCUGUGUGGCGCAGCCCUGCUGGUCGCCGCCCGCAUGCACGAGUUCCGGCGCACCGUGAAGGAAGUCAUCGGCGUGGUGAAGGUGUGCGAGGCCACGCUGAGGAAGAGGCUGACUGAGUUUGAGGAGACGCCCACCAGUCAGCUGACCAUUGACGAGUUCAUGAAGGUGGACCUGGAGCAGGAGUGCGACCCGCCCUCGUUCACCGCCGGACAGAAGAAGCUGAAGAUGCGGGAGCUCGAGAAAGAAUUGGCCAAGAAGAUUGAUGACGUUCAAGGUGAAAUCUUCUGUUACCAAGACGAGAUCGAGAAUGAGCUGGAGAACAGCCGGCCCAAGCCGAGAGGGAUGUACGCCUGCUCCGGCAACAACGGCUCCCAGGACGACGCCGCGUCCGUCACCCUCAGCCAGUUCGGCGAGGAGGACCUGGAGGACGAGGAGCUGGAGGCGGCCGCCGACCACCUCCGCAAGGUCCUGUACGGCGACGCCCUCCCCAGGCCGCCGGAGGAGGAGGAGGAGGCGGGGGGCGAGGGGGAGGCGCCGGAGCAGCCCCCGCCCUCCCGGCGGCCCUCCCUGGCCUCCCUGCUGGGCCCCCUGCCCACGGCCGCCAGCCUGGGCCUCAGCGAGUCCAUCGAGGAGUGCAUCGACGCCAAGAAGGAGGACGACGUUACCUCGGAAAACGGAGACUUGGACCUGAGCGGCAUUGACGACGACGAGAUCGAGAGGUAUAUCCUCGAUGACAAAGAGGUUCAGAUUAAGACUGAGCUAUGGAUGAAGCAGAACGCUGACUACUUACAAGAACAGAAAGAAAAGGAAGCUAAGAUAGCAAAAGAGAAGGAGCUGGGAAUCUACAAGGAGCAGAAGCCCAAGAGGUCGUUGAGGAAGCGGGAGCCGAUCCGGGCCAACACGGCGGGCGAGGCCAUCGAGAAGAUGCUGGAGCAGAAGAAGAUCUCCAACAAGAUCAACUACGACGUGCUGCGCGACCUCGACAAGAAGGGCGGCAGCCCCGCCCGGCAGCCCGAGGAGUCGCCGGGCAGCCCCGGCGCCAGGAAGCCGCUGAUCCGCCGGAGGCAGGCCAACAGCAGCCCCAGCCUGGCCGCCGCCGUCGGCAACAUGGGAAAGAGGUUACGGCCGUUGAUAUCAGGUCAGCCCUGUAAGAAGCUUGCGAUUGACCAGGCUGCCCUGGGCGGGGCCUCAGCAGGGCCCUCUGACCAACCGCAGUCGGUGCUGGUGGAGAGCGGGCCGGUGGUGUACGAGGACGUGGCGGAGGAAGAAGAGGAAGAGGAGGAAGAGCCCUGUUUCAGUGCCAUGCAGCUAAUGGGUGGCACUGAGUACGGGUGUGAAGGGGACGACGACGACGGCGGCGGCUUCUAGCGUCCGUGCCUUUGUGCUGAGGUCAGGUGAAGGUCUGCCUCGCCCUGUGGCUCCAGGACAGCGAGAGACUGGCACACACUGGUGGAGACACUCGGCCGGGUUAGACCCCGUGUCAUUUUGGACCGGUCUGGGCGAGGAGGAAGACCGCACACGCCAAAGCACCCUUACUCUACAAACAUUUCUGAGCAGCACUUGAUCCCGAAUUGGGCCCGGGCACACGGACGGGGUAUUGGCGGGGAGGGAGGAGU